AGCCUAUGUGUUAUAACGAUAACUUGGUGAAUCCGGAAGGGCCAGGAGAUAGCAAUUGAAACUAAGGAUUCCAGACUCUCUCCUAGCACUGAUUAAAGGCUGGGAUUGCAAGCGAGAGCUGAUUCAUGGCAUUUCGAAAACUGGUCCAGCUAUCAUUUUCCUUCUGCUUCCUGCAAAGUGUAUUAGUAACCACUAGGGGGAAGGAGACUGCUAGACCUCUCAACUACUACACCAUAGAGAUUGACGAGGGAGAGGACACAGCCAGAGACGUGGCUAAAAGGAAUGGCUUAGACUACAUACUACCGGUUGGAAAUCUAAAAGGGUUCCAUAUCUUGAAGAUUCAAAAUCAACAAAUCAGAAAGAGAAUCUCAAAAAGGAACAGAAAGCAGUUGCUGAAACAACUUUCCCAGGAUCACCAGGUCAAAUGGGUAGGACAGCAUUAUGUUCAUGAAGUGGAAAAACGAGACAAGGUUGUUUUCUCCAAUCACUCAUCACUUCAAGGUGGCAAUUUUGAUUUAAACUCUGGAUCACUAGAUCGAGUGAAGAAAGAUUUUGUCCAUCCAGAGGUCUUCAAAGUAUUGGACUCCAAAAGUGCAAAAGGAAAUGCACUGAAGUUCAAUGAUCGUUUGUGGCCUGCACAGUGGGAGUUGUUCAACACUGGCCAGACCUAUGGACCAAGAGGAUUUGACAUUAAUGUGAUGCCAGCUUGGAAGAAAAAUAUAACUGGCGCUGGAGUAGUUGUGACGAUCAUAGAUGAUGGUGUUGACCACAGAAACACAGAUCUGAAGAAAAAUUAUGAUCCCAAUGCCAGCUUUGAUUUCAAUGAUUAUUUUGAUGAUAAGCAUGAUCCAGCUCCAGAAUCUGAGAGUAAGCAGAAUGGUCAUGGAACAAAGUGUGCUGGAGAAGUAGCAAUGGAAGCCAACAACAGCUUCUGUGGAGUUGGUAUUGCAUACAAUGCAAAUAUUGGAGGCAUCCGCGUCCUAGAUGGAGUAGUGACUGAUGCCUUAGAGGCAGCGGCCCUCACCUACAAGAACAAUUAUAUAGAUAUCUACAGCUGUUGCUGGGGCCCCAAAGACAAUGGGCAGAAAUUUGAAGGCCCCAAAAGGUUAGGAACCAAAGCACUUCAAGAAGGGGCAGAGAAGGGUCGUAAUGGUAAAGGGAAUAUUUUUGUGUGGGCUUCGGGAAACGGUGGCCUGGUCUUCGAUCACUGCGGUGCUGAUGGAUACGUGAAUAGUAUUUUCACAGUGGCAGUUGGAGCUGUUAGUAAUCAGGGUCUCAGUACCUUCUAUGCAGAGCCUUGUUCAGGAAAUAUGGCAGUAGUUCCUACAGGAGGAGCAAGCGAAACCCCUCUUCGUUCUAAUUUGUCUCCUGAAUUAGAUAUGGUGACAACAGAACUUGAUAAUGAAUGCACCAAAACCUUCAAAGGUACUUCCAGUGCAGCUCCAAUAGCAGCUGGUAUCAUUGCACUGGUCCUUCAGGCCAAUCCUAAUCUCACAUGGCGAGAUGUGCAGCACCUGAUUGUUCAAACCUGCAAAAUCACUGACCCCAUGAACAAAGGCUGGAAGAUUAAUGGAGCAGGCUACCAUGUUCAUCACAAAUAUGGAUUUGGUCUGCUUGAUGCUGGGCGAAUACUGAAGGAAGCUGUUAAGUGGAAACUAGUUGGUCCUCAGAGGCAUUGUGUGAAUAAUUAUGUUUUUCAACAAAAAAGAUCUAUUCCUACAAAAGGUUCUCUGAUGCUGAGUCUGGAAACAAAUGCAUGCCAUGGAAAAGAGAAUGCAAUUGACACACUCGAGCAUGUAGAGGUGACUGUCACCAUUUCAAGCAUUUGCCGUGGAGACUUGAGCAUUCAUCUCACCUCCCCAAAUGGUACCAAGUCUGAACUCCUGGGAGUUCGUAUAUUUGAUAACAGCAAAAUGGGAAUAAAAAACUGGACAUUCAUGACCAUCCACUCCUGGGGAGAGAACCCCAAAGGCGAAUGGAAACUUACGAUUACUGAUCUUUUCGAUUCUGCUGAGGGCUGUCUCCGAAACAACAAGCUCUUGACAUCAGGACAGAUCAACAAGUUUAAGUUAACCUUGUGGGGAACCUAUAAGGAUGAAAAACGAGGAAUUAAGGAUGAUGUCAAAAAUCUCCAGGAUGAAAAUGAUGAAGAUUUAAUGAAUCUCAAAAUUCUAAUGGAGGAAAACAAAAUUGACAGCCGACUGGGUGAAGCAUUCUAUCGUGAAAAUAAGAGAAAGGUGGAAGCAGAUGAAAUUCUCUACACUUGGUCAGAUCCACAGUUAAUUCAUGAUGCAAAAGUGUCAAAGAGUCCAAGCUCUCAUCUGGGAGAAAAUCUGCUGCUCUAUUGGUACCAAUCUAAUAGCAGUGUGAAUAUUCAUGAAAAGAGAUCACGGUUAGCUGAUAAAUAUGAUGGACAGCCAGAGGAUCUCAAUGACGUUUAGUUGGAAUCUGAAAGAAGCAACAUUCAGCCAGCAGAAGAAUAGAGCAAGAAUCUGACAUCUUCACUGAACGUUUUCUCAAGUAAUCGAAAAAGCCAAAGAUGGAAAAUAUGAAGAAAACCCAUAAGGGAAUAACUUAAGACAAGAAUAUUCAUAAUGACAAGAAGCAAUAGCUCUUUAAUUUGACAUUCUUUGGGAUGUUGCUCUUUUGAAAGCAAAGCAAUAACAGUUUUAAUCCUGUCAUACAUGGUUCUUUAGAAACCGAUUGAACAGAAUAUCCAAAGGAAUAUAUAUAUUGCAUAAACCAAACAGCUGAAAGACUCCAGCAAGUCAAGCAGCAUCUGUGGAGGCAGAGAGAUAGUCAACAAAUCCCACAACAUUAACUACCCUUUUUCUACCACAAAUUCUGCUUGAGCUACUGAGCUCUUUCAGCAGUUUCUCACUCCAGAAUCCAACAUUUACAGUCUUUUCUGUCUCCAUGGAAAGCAUAUUACAUAUUAUCAGGAGAUGGGGGGGGGGGUUAAAGUUUUGCACUGGUGCUAAAGGCAAAUUCUUGCUCCACAGUCCCAAUAGAAAGUAAUAAUGAAAAUAUUUCACUCAAAUCACUAUUUCCUGAAACUAUUUUUAAGAAGGUCAUGAACUUACUAUCCAAUACAUAUCCAAUAGAGUUGCACCCCAACCCACCAGACUUAAUAAUAGUUUCUCUUGGACUAUUUUUAUUGUUUUCCUUCUGGAGUGACUAUAAGGGUAAACUAUUUUUGAUUCCUGGAUCUAGUUAUUUACAAUAUCUAAGGUCAGGACAUGGAACAGGCAAUUCAGCCAUGAAUGUCUGUGCGAGAGGAGUCUCCAAUUCAUUAAUGUCCAAAACUAUAGCCUUGUAUAAUAUUUGAGCUUUGUUUAUUACAUUCUGCUUCAUCAGCAGGACACUGGCAGAAGAUGCAGAAAUGGAUAUUAUGAUGAAUAUAUUAACCUUAGAUUGUGAAUUCUAUUUUAGUGUUUACAAAACUUAAAAUGUGGUUUCCAUACUAAAGCCUUCAAUUGAAGAUAUAACUUUGCUUGAACUUUCCAGUCUGAAAAUAACAAAAUAAUAAUGUUUAUAACCUGAGCUUUUAAAUUCGCCCCUAACUUUUAAGUAUGCACAGCCCCAUUUAUUGUCUAAGUCUGUCAGCUGACUCUGCUGAUAAUGCUGUUGUAGCAUAUGAAGUGAGGUGCACCUGAUAACCCAAGUGAAAAUAAUCCUAGCUCAACCUGCCAAAUUAUAUAGGAGCCACCAUCUCAACGAAGCUUUGCGUAGUGUCAUUAUCUCCUUUCCUAUUUCUGGAGGUAGCAAAAGGUGAAAGCAAUGUGCUGCCUUCAGCUUCAAAGCAGCAUGAAGGAGCGGGUAUCAAAUCUGUCCUUGAUCACUAGUGCUAAACUCUUGAUAUAGUAGCCAGUGGCUGCACAGUGUGGUUCAGUUCCAAAUUCAGUUCCACUAAAGUCUGAAGGACUGACUUGCAAAAGUGGAAUACAAAACAUGGACACUACCAUACUGUAUGUUUAGUAUCAGCAAUCAAGGAUAAAUUCCUAACCAACUCAUAAAGGCUCCUCAAGUAAUUAAACUGAAUUGCAUAAACGUCUCAUAAAGUUAUUUAAAUUAAUCUAAAAAAUAAAGCUAGAAUUAUCUUGCUACAAGAAUUAGAAAUAUUAUCUUCAGAAUUAAGAAGAAACUGUAUUUAGUUUAUAAAUUUUGGCCCUCUUCUUCAACCACUAUACCCAGAUUAAGACUGUGAAACUCAUCUGGGACUGAGAAUUGCCAACAUAUUCUGAGUGGACAGGGAUUCCUGGGACAAGAAAGGUGGGAUGAUUUGAUGACAGAUUCUAAGAGGAAAGUGAGGUGUGUUAGUUGGGGAGUGAACAGUUGACAGUUGUACCAAUGCUUUGCACCCUCACAUUAUAAAAUUAAAAUGAGUCAAAGCCAGCAAGGUGAUGCCAGCUGAGGGUUUUCUCAUUCUAACUGGGAGAUAAAGAUUGCACUACACCAUAGCAUAAAAACAUACAGAGUUGUCAUUAAGCAGGUGUGAACCCAAAAACUAUUUUGCAUCAAUUAGCUAUCAUGUCUGAAAACAAAUUACAGUAAUACUUUUAAAAGAUUGUAAUUUGUGAAUGGAAUUUUUAUGUCUCUGCUAGUAACAAAUUUUGGGCUUUUUAAAGUCCAGAACAAUAGCCUUAUUUUUUCCUAGGAAACACCAUCACAUAAACCUUCAAGUGUCACUUUAAAACUAUAUACAUAAUGAUAGUGGCCAUCUGGGCUAGGUUACAAAUGACCGAGUAAAUGGAGUCUUAAAAUACAAAAAAAAGAUCACUUAGAAAGACAUCCUCCAUUAUGAUUCAUAAUGCAGAAAGUGCUACAUCAAGAUUUCUUCAUAAUACAAUAAUCUAUAAUUUAACAUUACUAGUGGAAAAUGUAACUAUCAUUGGUUAUUAAUAAAAUAGAGAAUCAAAUUCUCCUAUGAGCUUGAUCAUAAAAUAAAACCAAAUUUUUUUAGGAAAGGGUAGCUCUCAUUGGAUGCUUUCACUAACUUAUCAUAAAACAUUUAUAUGAUUUUUUUCCUGAACAUAAUCCUGCUCAUUUUUAUUAAUCAUUUGAUUGUAGAUAAUUUUACAGUGCUAUGCCACAAUAAUUUGAUCCACUUAUCUUUAAGUUUUGUUGGCCGUGUGUUCAAUUGCCUACUUAAAAGAUGAAAGAAGAAGUAAUAUCUUAAGGAAUUUUCAUUGCAUGGAGUCAUGCAGCUUUUUAAACUCCAAUUAAAUAUGUUACCCUCUAUUACUGGCCAUGGCAUGACCAUUAGAUCAGAAGUCAGAUAUCUAAAGGAUAUGUAAUGAAGAGUUAAUUUCUGCAUCUUCAAAUACUAAACUUUGAACCACAGUCAACCAAUAAAUUGCUCCUUAGACAAUGCAGGAAACUUGUAGGAAUCUCAAACUAUACCAGCCCCACAAAAUCCUACAGAUUGGCUUAUAAUGCAGCAUCAAAUGAAUUCUCACAAUCAAAAUUGAUUGUCUAUUUAUUAUUGAUUAUUUUUGGAAAACUAAUAAUGUAGUUUUAAUAGCAAGUUAUAUAAUGAAUUGAAACUUAUAACUUUAACUGACAAAGCACUGAUAAAGUACAAAAUAUUCGCUUAAUUAUUACUGACCUUGGUGGGAGAGUGAAAUUUUGACAUUGCCUGAUACUGACUGUUUAGUUGUAGUGCUUAAUUUAAAAAGUAAUUCUUUGAAGAGACCUAUUACUUGGAAAUGUCCUCUGAAAGCAUUGUGAACUCAAAAACUUUGGAACCAGCAGAUGGAAUAUUAGGUUUCUGCGGACAGACAAUGUCGAUGAUACAAUAUUUCCUAAUAUAACUUGGAUAUUUUAUCUUCACGGCCCAUUUAUGAAGUCUGUUUUUAAAGUAUGUUACGCUCAAUAUUUGAUUGCUAAAUCAAAAUUCACAAUGUGUUUCACAAUAAUUAUUUAAUGGCAUCAGGGUAUUUUGGGAACCUUUUGAUUUGUGUCCUUUGUGAUUUUUUUUUCAGUUUCUUCUGUUAUUUUCUUUUUUGUCCAAUAAAAUGAAUGAGCAAGUGCAACCUAUGGCCUUUUAUACACAAACACAUUCUCUUCAUUGUUAGAAUUCAAAAUACCGUAUGAAAAUAAAACAGGUAAAUUAUAUGCUAAGGGCAGAACAUUACAGAUACUGGAAAUUGGAAUUUUUAAACAAAAACAGAAUAUACUGAAAAUACACUACAGUGCAGAGAGCAUUAGUGGAGAAAAACAAUCCACCCACCCGAAUCUAUUCAUGUUGCUAAGUAGGUUUGCAACAUGGCUGCUUAGAGAAAAAAGAUCUUCCCCUAAAACAUCAUUAUGAUUCCAGUGAGGAAUC